AUUUAUUCCAGUUCCAUAAUAGAGAAAAAUGUAAUUUAAAGCAAUCUUAACUAAUUGUGCUAAAUAUUCGAGACAAUCAGCAAGUAACUUAUUCAACUAAAUGUAGCACAUUUGACAUAAGUGCAAACUACAAAUAGCUAUUUCAAGGCCGACUAGAACAAAAAUGGUUAUUUGUAAAUAUUUUCUUCAAGGAUGCUGUCGUUUCGGGCAAAACUGCAGAUAUGAACAUGUAUAUAGUUCUAAAUAUUCAUAUCAAGGAAACACUACCAGCACAAAUAGUAAUGUAACUGACGACCAACUUGUUAGCCAAGUGCAAUCUGACAUUCAAGCCGCUUUAAAUGGUGGACAAUGGAUACUCAGCUGCUAUGCCCCUUAUAAAGAAAAAGCUUGCUUUCCGGGUUUACAUGAUCUUUCGCAGGAGGAAGCCAGACUUAUUAUAUAUGAAGCUAAGGCAAACCAAACAUUAGAACAAGCUGUAAUGUAUAUGAAUAAUUUAUUUAAAGAAACAAGGCAUAAAUAUCAGCAGCUUUUACAACCUUCAGCAGCGAUUAUAAAAGUUUUACAAAGUAUAUAUAGAGGAGAACCAGUAUCUUCACCUUUUGAACUAGAAAACCAAGCUUUUGGAUCACAAGCGACAUCUUUAUUCCGUAAUGCUGUUCAGAAUGACCCCUUUCAAAAUAAUACUAGUACACAAACAAAUUCUGUCUUUUCAAGAUUGGGUACCCAAACUACAAAUACUUUCAACAGUGCCCCUAAAUCAAUAUUUGCACAAGCAGCUCAGAAUACUUUUGGACCAUCUCAACCGUCUAAUCUUUUUUCAACACAACCCCAAGAAAACACAGCAGCUAAAUCCCUUUUCGCCCAAGCCAGCCAAAGUGUAUAUGGGCAGCAGAAACAAAAUGCAAAUGUAUUUGCAACAGAUCAACAGCAAAGUGUGUUUGCAGCAAACCAUCCAGCUCAAAGUGUUUUUUCUGUAAGUCCACAACAGCAAAAUCCUGCUAAUCCAUUUGGUAUACCACAGCAAAACCAGACUGGAAAUGUGUUUCAACAAAAUACUCCGAGUAGAACGGGAUCUGAUAUUUUUGGCAUUUCAAGAAAUGCAUUUGAAAAGGCUCCAGCCGAUGAUGAAAAUGUCUAUAGUAAAAUUGAAGAUUUGUCUGAACUAGACUUGGAGGCCUACAACAGUUCCGAGUUCAAAUUAGGCCUAAUACCAGAAUUACCACCGCCUCAUAUCCUAUGUGUGUAAACCAUAAUGUAAUUAAAGAACAAUAGGAAUCUUUAGUCGAAAGUAGGCAAACAAGCAUUUUUAAAUAAAAACUUUGCAUGUUGA